UUAUUAUUUAUUGUUUUGCAAUUUUUCUGACAAGAAGUUAUAUAUUAAUAUAAUUUAUUUCAUACGCAUGUGUGUGUGAAACUGUGCGCGUGGAAACGCGAGAAGCGGCGAGACGUUUAAAGACUCUUCGAAUACCAAACGUUUGUUUAUAACAUUUAUAAACGAAAUACAAGUCGUUUAUUCGAUUAACAGACAACUUUUCUUAUCUCUUUUCCGUUCGCCGAGAUUCACACCUCUCCCGAAUCAUCGCAGAUCCCGUGGACGCGGGAUAGAAUUCGAACUCUCCAGAAUGUCGCAUGACGUAUAGCAUUACGUUCUUAUUGUCGGAAUCCUUUAUUGUCGCAGCUCAACGGACUUCGUUAAUUAAAUUUAUUAAAUAAACAAGCAAAUUUAAUCAUUUUUCUCUACAUGAAAGAGUCAAAUGCGGAUUGAUCGCGACAGUCGCCUUUACUGAACCAUCGCGUCAUGUUCGAGCAGAUCAAGUGAAAAUACUCAAAUUCGCACGUCACGAAAAACAAUGGAUAAUGAGAAUGCAAGACGCGUCUACGUCGACAAGGAAAAAAUACAACCAUCACUGUACGAUCUCCCGGUGGAGAUAUUCCUUCAUAUUUGUUCCUUUCUAGAUGGGGUGACACUAGUACACAGUUUGAGCCGAGUGUGCAGUAAAUUCUACCUGAUUUUAAUGGAUGACUCACUGUGGAAAGCGCGAAUUAACCAUAUAUGGCCGGAUGUUAGCUACACGCUUUUGCGUCCCGUCAUUACAGCGAGGAUCGACAAACAGUUUUGGAAGUUGUCAUGCAUUGAGAUCGAGAAAGAAACAGCACUGUGGGAACAGCAGGAUUCUAUGGAGAAAUUAGAAUUUGGCACUACGAUCUUGGUAGAUGUUAUAUUACUGAGGAACGUAAAUGAAAUUACUUAUAUAGUCGGUGCAAGUGAUGACAACUUAGUUUAUUAUAAACUUCUUUCUCACGAGGAAAUACCCUCUUGCAAAGGCAAGAAGUAUAGCAGUCAAUCAAUAUUCGCGCACAACAGUGCGAUUCGCGAUCUGACGGCGAUAAACAACACGAUCUACAGUUGCAGUUUUGAUGAAACCGUCAAGUCGUGGGAACUCACGAACACCGGUCUUCUCUGGAAGAGUACUUACAAUUUACAUAGGGAGGACAGAUUAGAUUCGUCGUUAUGGUGUAUGUCAUCGUGCCGGGAGACGAAUCUCUUUGCGACCGGCUCAUUCUACGGGACAGUACACGUGUUCGAUUCAAGAUCGGGAGAUCGAUCGAUCGCGACGUAUCGGCCACACUCCGUAAUCGUGACUAAGCUGGCCAUGAACGCGGAACACAUCUUGUCCGUCAGCAAGGACAACACGAUGUCCGUUUGGGAUCAGAGAGCCGGACGGACCAUGAAGUCUAUCACGUUCCCAGGUGAAGGAGUCCCCAUGUCCGUGAGUAUGCGACGAGAUUGGGUUUUCAUUGGCGACAGCAGGGCGAAGUUACACUUGGUAAAUCCAAACAAUUUCGAGGUAGUAGAAUCUUAUUCCACCAAGCAUACGGAAGAUAUAACGGGGGUACGUCUGACGCACGGAUGCCUGAUAACGAGUUCCAUGGACCGUACUGUCAGAAUUUGGAGCCCUACGGAUCCGCCAAAGCCCAUCGCUACUUUACAUACCAAGUUCGGGAUCUUCAGCAUGGACUACCUGAAUGACACUCUCGCGGUAUCCGGCUGUAAUAAAAUCGUGGUUUGGCGUCCGAAAACGACCUGUAAAACGAAACAUCAACUGUUAUAACGCGUCUCUCUAAUAUGCAGUGUAUAAUAAAUGCCGUUUUGUGAAAUUGGAAA